AUGGAAAAGUACUUCGAUCAAGACCCAAAAGACUGGUCGUUUCCGGACUUCGCAAGUUACGUUUUAAACUCAAAUGACUCAGAAGAUUUUAACGCAAGAAACGCGAAAAAACUUUUUUAUGACGCACUCUACAAAAUUAUAAUGAAUGAAGAUUCACCUGUAGACCAUACUCAAUGUGCCAGAGAAUUAAUCAAAUCUAAGCAAGUACAUUGUUCAACAGACUAUGUCGUAGACAAAGCUUUUAGACACGUGGGCAAUGGUUUCUUAGCCGAACCAGCAUCUUUGAUAGUCUGUUAUUUUUUACCUCAACGGAUAAGUCGGAACCAAGUAAAAAACGAAAAAAAAUCUGAUAAGACCGUGAAAUCUGAUAAGUCCGGUAAUUCGAAAUCCAAUAUUCCUGAUAAUGCGAAGAAAACCGUCGAAACCCCAUCUGAAUUGGAUUUGAGAGAACGGGAAAUUUCUUUGAGAGAGCGUGAAGUCAAAAUACGGGAAUUAGAAAUUAAGC